UGUUUACGUCAACCCAUGUACUUCCGGUAUGAGCGGAAGACAACAGAAGGGAGCUACACGGCUCGUAUGUAAAUGUUAAAGAAGCAUAACACAAGCUUGUAUCUUUGUUUUGGACGAUUCGAGGGAACAAAGAUCAAAACGUUAACAUGUUUUCCUUUCACGUCUUCGACCACCCGAUGACUCGGGGGUUCCAGAACCGCUUUUCCACUCAGUACCGCUGUUACUCGGUGUCGAUGCUGGCAGGUCCAAAUGACCGAUCUGAUGUGGACAAAGGAGGCAAAAUUAUAAUGCCACCUUCAGCACUUGACCAACUCAGUAGACUUAAUAUUACCUACCCUAUGCUGUUCAAGCUAACCAACAAGAAUUCAGACCGAAUGACACACUGUGGUGUUCUGGAGUUUGUGGCCGAUGAGGGCAUCUGCUACUUGCCACACUGGAUGAUGCAGAAUCUCCUGCUAGAGGAAGGUGGUCUGGUCCAGGUGGAGAGUGUUAACCUUAUGGUGGCCACCUACUCAAAGUUUCAACCACAAAGUCCUGACUUUUUGGACAUCACAAACCCAAAAGCAGUCCUGGAGAAUGCUUUACGGAACUUUGCCUGCUUGACCACUGGUGAUGUCAUAGCCAUCAACUACAAUGAAAAGAUAUAUGAGCUCCGGGUGAUGGAGACCAAGCCGGAUAAAGCUGUAUCCAUCAUUGAGUGCGACAUGAAUGUGGAUUUUGAUGCUCCUUUGGGUUACAAAGAGCCCGAACGCCGGACUCAGAACCAGGAAGAACCAACUGAGGAAGAAGGAGAUUCAAGCAGUUACUCCGAUAUGGACUUGGGAUUCAGAGCUUUCACUGGCUCUGGCAAUCGUUUGGAUGGUAAAACAAAAGGGAUUGAGCCCAGCCCUGCUCCUCUGGCGGCCAGCGACAUUAAAAGAGGUAUUCCCAACUAUGAAUUCAAAGUUGGCAGGAUCACCUUCAUCCGAAACUCCAGGCCACAGCCUAGGAAAAUGGUAGAUGAUGAUGAUGCCAUGAACAGAUUCAUCGCCUUCUCCGGACAAGGACAAUCAUUACGCAAGAAAGGCAGAAAGCCUUAAUGGGUUCCAGCAAGACUUCAAUCACACCUACACACACACCUACACACAAACACGUAUUGACACCUACACCGGCAGAUUGAAAUCCUCCUUUUGAGUGCACUGGGACGUUGCAUCUCCAUCCUUUUGAAAUUGCAGUUGUGCUGUGGAGGUGGGCUUGGACAUUCUCUUUUAGUAAGUGCUGCUGCUCAAAGGUAGGAUCCAUAAAAUGCAGCCAGUGGUUGGUUUGAAUUCUUUUCCCAAAACAUGACCAAGACUAAUUUUUGAAGCAUCAUUAUUUGGGCUUGAAGAUUUACUUUACCUAUUAUUAUUUUGUAAUUAUUAUUGUUGAGGAUUUUCCAAUCCGCUUAUAAUAUACUGUUAUCCCAUUAGGCUUCCCAUUGUUGUGAGAAAAUGGGUGCAAUAUUUGUUUUUAAUAAUCUUCGAAAAAUGUUUCAUUUUCUGAGACAUUGUAUGGGUCCUUUGGUUUAUUUAUAAAUAAAUAAAUGAUUGUUACAUUAAA